AUGGCAUGGAGACCGCGCGACCCCAUGGGCUGCCGCACGCUGGACAUGGAGGACGCCAUCGGCAACCGCCACGGCAAGAAGCUCGUGCUGGUGCUCAACAAGGUGGACCAGGUGCCGCCGCACGUGCUGAAACCGUGGCUCAAGUAUCUGCACGGCUUCAGGACGAGGAGGUCGACACUGCACGCCAAGCACCACGAGCAUGUCUGUGGGUUUCUUCACCUUGGCGCUGACGUUGGUCGCCCUCAUGCACAUUAUCGUGGGGACGGCGCGGCUCGCAAUCUAGUUCGUGAUCGCGCAGGAGUAUAUGCAUCACACCAUCCCGGCCCGAGUCUUCCUCUCCGGCGGCUCGUUGUCCGCCUCGGCGAUGGUCAUCACCCUGCGUGGCCUGGAUUAGACCGGAGGGAUGUUGGGAACAGCGCCGAGGACGCGGGCUUUGGUUCUGAAGACGAGAGAAUAGCAUAUUUCGAAACUUUAGGUCAUACUUCUAUUUGCAAGGAGGGCUUUGCAGCACUUCAGGUUUCUCUCUCUCAUCUUACUUUUACUGACAUUAUGGACGUUAACCACACCUUAGAUACCCCUUCAGUUGCAGAUAGUUCUGCGACCGCUUUGUUGCCCCUGUCUGCUGCCCAUGAGGCUGAUACAAGUGCUGGUUCGGCUAGGAUUUUGCAGCGCCAAGCAUCGCGAGAUAAUCCGUCGAGCGCCACAACCCAGCUAGCGGAGGAUGUGCCAUGGGCAGUCAAUGCCCUCUCCCCCGUUACCUUUGGUGAACCACUCGGUCGUGCUCGCGGUGGGUGGAAAAGUGACGUCAAGUUUGAAGUUGGAGAGGGAUACGCUGUUUUCAAGGAGAAGUGCAUCGCUAGAUUCACAGCGCUAGUAGCAAGCCCUAACGCCCCCAAAACGCCGCUAGCACUACCUGCUGAGCCCUCAAUCUACCUACGCCGAACCAAAAACGACCCGCAAGCAAAAUAUAUCGAGCUGACACAUGAAAAUUUCCUCCCUACUCUAAAGUACCGCUGGAAGCUGCUGACGCCAGAUGAUCUACGGCGAAUUGGCGACUUUCGGUUUGAAGCUUUCCUCUACGUCCAGCGUGCCGCACAACCGGAGCAAUUUCACCGCGCCACGGCAUGUCGCGUUCAGCAAGCUCGCGUACAGAGAAUGGCAUUCGAGGUAGCCAAUGCUGUGCAGUUCGGGGCUAUCACCGAGCACCACCUCGAUGUUGUUAACGCUCGAAGGCCGGAAUCAGCGCCGUUCGAAGUUCCAGAAGACAAUACAACUGCACAGGCCAUGGAGUUGGAUCGACAGCGAGAGGCCCUACAGCAGCAGCACGACGCUGAGCACGAGACCCCAGCGACAUCAGUCAUCCAGGUAAGGAUGAACGGGCUGUGGAUGCCGCUGGAAGUCGGCAUUCUGUCCCUCCGCUGA